UCAUAUGUUGCUGCUAGGGCUGGAUAACUGAACUUUUGAUACUAGGGAGCGGAACCACUAAGUGUCAGUUGGAACCACACCAAGAUCACCCCUCCCUUUCGCAUGCUGUGAACUAUAUUGUAUUGACAAAUAAAUUCAGUACGUUAGAGUAAUAUGACGUACUUACGAAUAACAGCUAUGUACACCGCAAAAAUCGUGUUAUUUUAGUUGAACGCUCCAAUAGGUGAACUAGUGCACGGAGUCGGCAUGUGCCAGCCCUGGAGGCGCUUUGUAAAACUAGCUCCAGUUCCGGAGCUAGGGAACCAAUGGCAAGCGGAACAAAAUAAAAACAUCUGUAGAUUAUAGGUUAAUUUGUUUUAUAAUAACAAAUGCGGGAAGUUUUCAAUUAAGAUGAGCAAUCUGCUGAAUUUCGCCCUGCGUCAGGGUAUCAAUUCCAUUAAGCGCCUUAGUCUCCAGAGUUUCAGACUGGCAGCUCCGGCCAUUGUAACCAAAUCGCCGGUCAGUUCUACGAUAAAGAGGUUUUCCUCCCAAACCGCCCCCUUCGAUGUGAAUACCAGUGUCCCCAAGGACAUAAUUCUUUUUAAGUAUGAGAACCCGCGAUUCUAUCAGAUGCUAAACUUUUUCGGAGUCUGUCAGUUUGUCUUCUGGACAUAUCUUUCGCACUUCGCCUUCACGACGCUGAAGGAUGCCCCGGUGGUGGAAAAACCAGGAGAGGAUCUAAAGUGGUUCCAGCGCAUAAAUCUGGGCGAUAAUAAGUACAGAAAUGGUAUCACAAUCUGUAGUUUUUUGAUAGGAUAUGGCAUACUGUUUGCUGUCUGGAUGUUUACGCUUCGCUCGGUGCGUUUCCUUAUCUUGAGAAAGGGUGGUCAGAGCGUCUCCUUUGUGACCUACGGACCUUUCAACCGGAAUCGCAUUAUGACUGUGCCUUUGAAGUGCGUCUCCGCCGAGGAAUCCCGCAACUUGGCCCGAGUGCAGCUACCCAUUAAGGUCAAGGGCAAGACCCUGUACUACGUCUUGGAUAUGCGCGGCGAGUUUCGAAAUGCCCAGCUAUUCGAUUACACGGCGGGCCUUAAGCGUCGCAUUUAAAGGUCAAGUUUUGUUGUUGUUUCGUAGCUUAUUAUUUGUAAAUAAAGAUGUACACUAAUUAAAACUAAAC